AUGGCCGGGCCGGCUCGCGACGCUGGUAUGCUUGAAACUCGCGGCAGCACCCCCCAGCUCUCCGGACUUGAGGAUUCUCCUUACGGCACGGGCAGUCCUUCCCCAGUCUUCAUCCUCGAAGUCGGAGCCGCGACGAUGGGCGGAUUACUCGAGGCGAGAAGAGAAAAAGGCUCGUCGGAGACGGAAUCCGAAGGCGUGCAGAGACUACCUUGGGGUCCAAGGCCUCAACCCCAAGACGGGUCAGCCCGACAGGGUGACGUCGACAACCAGCAAUGCGACAGCCAACAUGAGCAAGGGGCGGAUUGA